AUGGAGGGGAGCGAUGGUGGAAGGAUGCCGACGGUGAGAACAAAGAAAGAUGUGGGUGCCCAGAUAAGAAAUCUUGGUGAUUUUCUGCCUUCUUCGUCUUCUUCUAUAAAAAUUCUUUUCAGCAGAAGCUAUGGUUUCGAUCUAGGUUUUCAUGAGAGUGGGAAGGAGAAUUCAGGUAGGAAGAAGAAGACGAUUGUAUUGGGACCAUGGGGAGGCAAUGGUGGAAAUGCUUGGGAUGAUGGGCUAUAUCAAGGGGUGAGAGAAGUCACUCUCAUCUAUGGCCAUUGCAUCGACUCCAUUGUUGUGGUAUAUGAUAAAAACGGUAAGCCUGUUACAUCAGAAAAGCAUGGUGGUCUUGGAGGCAAUCAAACAGCCGAGAUAAAGUUGCAGUACCCCAAUGAGUUCCUAGUGAAUGUGAGAGGACACUAUUGUCCGGUGGUGUUUGGUGGCAGCCCGGUGAUCCGGUCACUCAAAUUUGAGAGCAACAGAAGAACAUUUGGACCAUUCGGAGUUGAAGAAGGCACACCCUUUACUUUCACUGUUGAUGGAGGCAAGAUUGUUGGCUUAAAGGGAAGAGGUGGUUGGUACCUAGAUGCAAUUGGGUUUCACGUAUAUCAUGCUCCCAAAAUACAGCUCUUUCGGAGAGUUGAGAAAAGUUUCCGAAGGCUUACCAGCACGGUUUGGAAACCUUCAGCCCGGAGAGAAACUGAAAAGACCACUCUUCGCUGAUAGUUAAAAACAUUGUAUUACAUGGCUCCUAAUAUAUGCUUGCCAUGAUCGAACCUAUAUCAAAUGUCACGAAGCUCACAAAUGCUGGAUGCAUAGUGUC